CCAGGCAGCAUCCUCUUCGUUGGUGGUCUCUCCCGGGACCAGGCCUGCCUUGCAGUACCCAUCUGUGUGCUUCUACAUAGGCAAACAUUUCUGAGCUGUCUGCUAGGAUCCAGAUACAAGCCAGACUCUGAGCACUGGGCAGACCCUGGACUGCCAUCUGGACCUUGCUCUCAGGGAUGGAGUCAGGCUAUGGCACUCCUGGCACAGGGGCAGCACCCACCAACAUUGAUCAAAUGUCUGUUAUGUGCCUGGCACCGGGGCAGGCAUGUGACCCUGUAGCACCUGAACUCCUCAAGUCCCCGUGGGAGAUGAUCAUUGCACAUCUGCCAAGCACGACCAUGAGCCAAGCCCAUGCUGAGUUAUUGUGGAAUCCUCCAGCGCCCUUGUGCCCAUUUUACAGAGGAGCAAACUGAGGCCCAGAGAUGCUAAAUCACUGGCCCAGGGUUCCAGAGUCCCUGGGGAUCGGAAUUUCAAUCCUGGGCUGACCAGUUCACAGCCUGGUUGGCUCUACUAUUUCUCGAAGCUAAAGGCUGAGUCACUGUGUGCGAGAGAGGCCAGAGGUGACGCCUGACUUUCCCAGGGGACAGGGCCUUGGAGCCUGGCCACAAGAGGAAGUGUGUCAGAUGGAAAAAGGACAGGGAAUGGGGUGGCUGGGGCAGGGAUGGUCAGGGAUGGUGUUGGUGCAUUAAGACAGGGGCGUUGGAGAAGGCUGCUCUGAGUGGGGACCGAGUCCUUAGACCAACGGGGAAGAACAUGGUUCCCAGCAGAGGACACUGGCAGCUGGAGUUAGUAGGAGGGGGCUGUGGGCAGGUGAAGACUUGGGAUUCUCUUCUGGGUGGGACAGAAAUGGUGGAGGGAUUUUAGCAGAAGUGAUUUGUUCUGGCCGCAGGGUGAGUCCAGGGAGGCAGGAAGGUGGCUGCUCCAGGGCCCCCCUGAAAUGACCCUCUAGCUCCAUUUCUCUGAUGCCCCCGCAGCCCAGCCUGGCCCCACCCCCAGAUGUCCACCCACAUCCCCUGAGAGUCCCCACCCCAAGGGUGGCAGAGCUCCCAGGCCCUGAACUGCCUGUUCAGCUGGGUCCCCUGAGGCCCACAAAGCCACCGGAAGAGGAUGUGAGAUGCUCAGAGGAGCCCGGUGGGGAGCGAGCUGCUGCUGGGGCAGUAUCUGGGCGGGACGCUGGGCCCCGGGGCCUGAUGUGCCUGUGGGGGCCCUCCACAGCCCCUGCCCACACCCCCUCCUCCCUGCCUCUGCUGUCCUGCUCCCUGCCCUGUGCCCUCCACUUACAGCCAGGCACUGGGCAUCCACCCGGCCAGGGUCCCAGGAAGAGCUCCACGCAGGAGAUCGGUGAGGAGCUGAUCAACGGAGUCAUCUACUCCAUCUCCCUGCGCAAGGUGCAGCUGCACCACGGAGCCAACAAGGGCCAGCGCUGGCUCGGGUAUGAGAAUGAGUCGGCCCUGAACCUUUAUGAGACUUGCAAGGUGCGGACCGUGAAGGCUGGCACGCUGGAGAAGCUGGUGGAGCACCUGGUGCCUGCCUUCCAGGGCAGCGACCUCUCCUACGUCACCAUCUUCCUGUGUACCUACAGAGCCUUCACCACCACCCAACAGGUCCUGGACCUGCUGUUUAAAAGGUACGGUAGAUGUGACGCCCUCACGGCCUCCUCUAGAUACGGCUGCGUCCUCCCCUAUUCCGACGAGGAUGGCGGACCCCAGGACCAACUUAAAAAUGCCAUCUCCUCCAUCCUGGGCACCUGGCUGGACCAGUACUCGGAGGAUUUCUGUCAACCCCCGGACUUUCCCUGCCUCAAGCAGCUGGUGGCCUAUGUGCAGCUCAACAUGCCAGGCUCAGACCUGGAGCGCCGUGCCCACCUUCUCCUGGCCCAGCUGGAGCACUCGGAACACAUUGAGGCAGAGGCUCUGUCACCAGUGCCAGCUCUAAAACCAACUCCAGAGCUAGAGCUAGCUCUAACACCGGCUCGAGCACCCAGCCCAGUGCCAGCCGCAGCGCCAGCUCCAACACCAGCUGCAGGUUCAGAGCUAGAGGUUGCUCCAGCACCAGCUCCGAAGCUCCAGCAGGCUCCAGAGCCAGCUGUAGAACUAGAACCGGCUCCAGCGCCAGCUCUGGAACUAGAGCCAACUCCAGUACCACCUCCAGAACAGGAUCCAGCUGCCUCCCAAACUCUAGAGCUGGAGCCAGCUCCAGUGCCAGUUCCAUCACUAGAGCCUUCCUGGCCUUCACCUGUGGUUGCAGAGAACGGGCUGAGUGAGGAGAAGCCUCACCUCUUGGUGUUCCCUCCCGACUUGGUGGCAGAGCAGUUUACACUGAUGGAUGCGGAGCUGUUCAAGAAGGUGGUGCCCUACCACUGCCUGGGCUCCAUCUGGUCCCAGCGGGACAAGAAGGGCAAGGAGCACCUGGCACCCACCAUCCGUGCCACUGUCACCCAGUUCAACAGCGUGGCCAACUGCGUCAUCACCACCUGCCUCGGGGACCGAAGCACGAAAGCCCCAGACAGGGCCAGGGUGGUGGAGCACUGGAUCGAGGUGGCCAGGGAGUGCCGGAUCCUCAAGAACUUCUCGUCACUGUACGCCAUCCUCUCUGCCCUGCAGAGCAACUCCAUCCACCGGCUGAAGAAGACGUGGGAAGACGUUUCCAGGGAGAGUUUCCGGAUCUUUCAGAAGCUGUCGGAGAUCUUCUCAGAUGAGAACAACUACUCAUUGAGCCGGGAGCUGCUCAUCAAGGAGGGGACCUCCAAGUUUGCCACCCUGGAGAUGAACCCCAAGAGAGCCCAGAAACGGCCAAAGGAGACGGGCAUCAUCCAGGGCACCGUUCCCUACCUGGGCACGUUCCUCACCGACCUGGUGAUGCUGGACACCGCCAUGAAGGACUAUCUGUAUGGCAGACUCAUCAACUUCGAGAAGAGGAGGAAGGAGUUCGAGGUGAUCGCCCAGAUCAAGCUGCUGCAGUCGGCCUGCAACAACUACAGCAUCAUGCCAGAUGAGCAGUUUGGGGUCUGGUUCCGGGCCGUGGAGCGGCUCAGCGAGACUGAGAGCUACAACCUGUCGUGCAAGCUGGAGCCCCCAUCCGAGUCAGCCAGCAACACCCUCAGGACCAAGAAGAACACAGCCAUUGUCAAGCGCUGGAGCGACCGCCAGGCCCCCAGCACUGAGCUCAGUACCAGCGGCAGCUCCCACUCCAAGUCCUGUGACCAGCUCAGGUGUGGCCCCUACCUCAGCAGCGGGGACAUUGCUGACGCACUCAGCGUGCACUCGGCCGGCUCUUCCAGCUCUGACGUGGAGGAGAUCAACAUCAGCUUCGUCCCAGAGUCCCCUGAUGGCCAGGAAAAGAAGUUCUGGGAAUCAGCCUCACAGUCGUCCCCGGAGACCUCCGGCAUCAGCUCGGCCUCCAGCAGCACCUCAUCCUCCUCAGCCUCCACCACACCCGUGGCUGCCACACGCACCCACAAACGCUCCGUCUCAGGGCUCUGCAACUCCAGCUCCGCGCUGCCGCUCUACAACCAGCAGGUGGGCGACUGCUGCAUCAUACGCGUCAGCCUGGACGUGGACAACGGCAACAUGUACAAGAGCAUCCUGGUGACCAGCCAAGAUAAGGCUCCGGCCGUAAUCCGCAAGGCCAUGGACAAACACAACCUGGAGGAGGAUGAGCCGGAGGACUAUGAGCUGCUGCAGAUUCUCUCCGAUGACCGGAAGCUGAAGAUCCCUGAAAACGCCAACGUCUUCUAUGCCAUGAACUCUACCGCCAACUAUGACUUUGUCCUGAAGAAGCGGACCUUCACCAAGGGAGUGAAGGUCAAGCAUGGAGCCAGCUCAACCCUCCCUCGCAUGAAGCAGAAAGGACUCAAGAUUGCCAAGGGCAUCUUCUGAGGGCAUCUCCCCAGGGUCUGGCUGGCUGGUAGCCAAGCACUUAUGGACCAGAGUGGCCCAGGCCAGCUGGGCACCUUCUUCCCACCUGCCAGCCCAGGGUACCCCAGACUCCAGUUUCAUCCUGAACCUCUCCUGCUGCUGGGAUUGACGCCUGCCAUUGGUCAGGCUGACCCGGCCUCCCGUGGACCACUUGCUGCCUUAGGUGCCUUCUGCUCUCUGGAACCAGAGGACUAGCUGACUUUUGCCAAGGAGCAGUGCCAACGGGCAUGGUGUCCUGCCUGCCCCCAGGCACCACCUCUGUACACUUCCAUGACACCUUCCCAGGUGUGGGUCACUGCCACCUGUGCCAUGGGCACCCUGGAGCACCCACUCGCCCGCCAUGUCUGACCACUGCAGUUCUCUCCUCAUACCCACGGGCAUUGGCCUGUGACCUUCGCAGGGGUCCCAGCCCCUCCCACCACUCUAGCCUUUCUCAGGCUGCACCAAAGAUUCCAUCAUCAGGGCCAACUGAGAGUGAGGGAGUCUCACCCACCACUUACCCCAGCCCUUCCCCGGGAGCAGAGAGCGACACCCUCUUCCUGGACCAGACUCUGCACCCGGUGAAUGAGGACAGUCCCAGCUGAGUCCCAUCGAUGUUGAAUCUCAUGCCACUGCAAGUGCCAUUCACCACUGCGUCCUGGGCUUUAUGAGACCAUGCAAGACGGGGGUUAGUGAGGAAGGAGGAUUUGGGGUGGGGGUGGGGCGACUGAAUAUUUGUAUAAAAAGAAAAAAGAAAAAAAAAUGUUUACUGAUUGGGGAGGGGCAAUAUUUAUUUGUUGUAAAUAGCAAAUGCUAGACUUGAAUAUUAUAUUAAAAUCCUGUUUCUACUAUA